UCCAUGAGAGGCAGGGCCAGUGGACCACCUGCAGCGCCUCGCGAGGCAGGGCCAGUGGGACGACGCCAUCAAGUACGACGUCCGCUUCAUGCCCAAGGUCGACGCGAUGCUCGGCGAGGAGGGGAGGCUCCUCUUCAGCUUCAUCAAUGUGCACAGAACCAUCCACUCCAUCUCCAUCCGCAUGCUGCACGGCGCCCUUAUGACUGAGUUUUAUGAGCGCGACCUCAGCAUGUAUCCCAACGCCCCCUCCGGCGCCGUCAGGCGCACCCGCUUGCUCUCGGCCUUGCACCGCAACGAGAAGCUCAGGGCCGCCAUCGACUGGCAACUCGUGAGGAACAGGGCUGCGGAGAUCGCCAAGGAUUUGAUCGCCAAGACCCUCGAGUUCAAUGACCUGCUGCGGUUGCCCAACUGUCGGGAUAAGCCACACAACAUUCUCCUUAUCCGAUCCUGCAGCAGUUUUGCUGGACACAUAUGUGGAUUCGGAACUGACUAG